AUGCCCGUGCCCGCGCGGCGCCUGGGGUGGGCGGCGCAGAGCGCGGCGCUCCCCGUGAUCGCGCUGGACCUCUUCAACACGCACCUCCGCGCGCCCCUCCACAUGCGCUGCCACGGCCGCGCCUGCCCCGCCUUCUCCCCGUGCGGGGACACCUUCGGGAACGUCGCCGCCUGCUGGAACCCCGAGCUCUCCGCGGAUCGGCGGAUGAACAUGCGCGCGCCCGUCAACUGCCCGCGCGUGCAGGGGGGCUGGCGGAACGCGACGUGCGCGCACGCGGAAGACCUGGACGCGAGGGACGCGGUGGCCUUCCAGGCGUUCCGAGUGCACCACGUGUUUGUGUCCAACCUCGGGUUUGUCUUCAACCGCACGCACCGCUUCGUGCGCAACGGCUGUGGGGCGUACCAGAAGUUCUCCUUCCCCCCGUCAGCUAGAGUGCGCAAGCUAGGCCGGGCCAUCAACUGGGCGCACGUGGCAGGUCUAGCUUUCUUCCACAUGCUCACGGAGGCCAUGCCGCAGCUCUACAACCUCGCGCCCCUCCUGCCCUCCUUCCACCGCGGCCUCCGCCUCCCUCUCCUCGCCUCACCCAAGCAGGUGCAGGUGUGGGACGAGCUGAUGGCGCCUCUAGUGGGCAUAGCCAGGGACGACGUGGAUCUCAUAGUGCCGCCUGAUGGCCACCUCGUGUUUGUGCGCACACUUGUAGAGCCAUCCCGGCAGUACUGCGGGGUGCCGGCGCGGGGACUAUGGCACAGCCUGCGUCGGCAGCACCUGCUGCACCCGCAGGGCCUCCCCAUCUUCCACCGCAACUGGACGCAGAGAAACCUCACCCCCCUCACCGAUGACCAAAUGGCGCAGCUGCCUGCCGACUGGGUGGUGCUGCUGGUGCGGCGGCCGGGCAAGGAGAGGGUGAUGGAGAGAGAGGGCGACCUGGAGGCCAGCAUGAGGCGUGUGUUUGGCAACCGCCUGGUGGUUUACGGCAAGUCGCUGCCCAUCCUGCAAGCCCGGGCACUGUUCCGGAGGGCGCGGCUGGUGGUGGCGGUGCACGGGGCGGGCCUCUCCCACACCAUCUUCAUGCCCUCCAAUGCGUCCGUGCUCGAGAUUCGCCCUCGGGAUUACCACAACACGUGCUACCACCAUCUUGCAGAAGCAUGCGAUGUCAAUUACUAUCUGAUGCUGGGAGAAGGGAAUAAGAAAGGCACUGUAAAGGCGGAUUUAGGGGAGGUUAUGGGGUUAGUAGAGACAAUAGCUUCUGGCUGGAAGGAUGAACCAGGCUAG